AUGGCCGAUAUGAGCGGCGAACAGAUGCAGGCCAAGAUCACUGCGGCCAGACGCGAAGCUGAGGGUUUAAAGGACAAAAUCAAGCGCAGAAAGGAUGAGCUAGCCGAUACCUCCCUCCGUCAAGUCGCGCAGAACCAGACCGAUGCCCUACCACGAAUUGGAAUGAAGCCCCGGCGUACGCUGAAAGGUCACCUCGCUAAGAUUUAUGCCAUGCACUGGUCCACCGAUAGGCGCCAUCUCGUUUCGGCUUCACAGGACGGAAAGCUCAUCAUCUGGGAUGCCUACACCACAAACAAGGUCCACGCGAUUCCCUUGCGCUCGUCUUGGGUCAUGACCUGUGCCUACGCCCCGAGCGGGAAUUACGUUGCUUGCGGUGGUCUCGACAAUAUUUGUUCGAUUUAUAACCUGUCAUCGCGCGAAGGCCCCACUCGUGUCGCGCGCGAGCUUUCCGGACACUCGGGAUAUCUCUCCUGCUGUCGCUUCAUCAACGACCGCCGCAUCAUUACUUCGUCCGGCGACAUGACCUGUAUGCUGUGGGAUAUUGAGUCUGGAAGCAAGGUUACCGAGUUCGCCGACCACCUGGGUGACGUGAUGUCGAUCAGCAUCAACCCGACCAACCAGAACAUCUUCGUGUCCGGUGCAUGCGACGCUUUCGCCAAAUUGUGGGAUAUCCGUACCGGCAAGUCCGUCCAAACGUUCGCCGGCCACGAAUCCGACAUCAAUGCCGUUCAGUUCUUCCCCGACGGCAACGCCUUCGGUACUGGUUCCGACGACACUUCCUGCCGUCUGUUCGAUAUCCGUGCCGACCGCGAGCUUAACACCUACCAGAGCGACCAAGUUCUGUGCGGUAUCACUUCCGUUGCGUUCUCAGUCUCUGGUCGAUUAUUGUUCGCAGGUUACGAUGAUUUUGAAUGCAAGGUAUGGGAUGUUCUGCGUGGCGACAAGGUGGGUUCGCUGAGCGGCCACGAAAACCGCGUGAGCUGCCUCGGUGUCAGCAAUGAUGGCAUCAGUCUGUGCACUGGAUCUUGGGAUUCCCUUCUCAAGGUCUGGGCCUGGUAAACCAACAAAACAAAACGCAAGAUACCCCGUGUCGAUCAUUCUGCAAUGCUCUUCUUCGAAAUUUUUUAGGCCCGAUGGUUCGAAUCUCCGCCAUUGUACGAUAAUAAUCAAUUACCGGGGAAUCCCUUGGGUUCUCACGAUAAUACACUACCCGCGGCGCAGACAUCGUCGUCGCAUGCGAUACGGAAGGUGAUGGAGGUGGCUGUGAGCGCUAUGGGAUGCUGUCCCGGCGAACAAACGAUAGCGAUGACACAAUACUUGUUUGGACAU